AGGAAAACUUUCCCUUCCUCAAGAGCGCAAAAUCAACUCGGUGGUUGUGUGGCAUAAUCGUCAGCCACGCCGACUGACACGAUGAGGUCAGGACUAACUGCGUGCCUGGGUCUCCUUCUGGCAGUACACGUAUGUGUAGUCAGACCCACGACCCUGCAAGACAGGCAAAACUGUGGACCCGGUGAUACUCCUCCCGCUACCAGAGUCGACACCACAGAGAGAUUGAGGAUCUUCAGGCAGAAUCUGAACACAAUACGUACCGCCAGUGGUUCUGUUAUCGCCGCCUUUAUUGUUGGAUCCGGGGAUGCCCAUAACAGCGAGUACCCAACGUCUUUCGAUCGCAGACGGGGGUUCAUCAGUGGUUUUGGCGGCUCAGCAGCCUAUUUCACCACAAUGAAGGAGCUUCUGGCCAAGAUGUCCAACGCACCAGAUCUCCAAUAUGUGACCUCCAACAACAACCCCACAGACAGAACCUGGACCACAGGUCGUCCUGAGCAGGCCAAUAGCCCCAUCAAUGCGCUGGACAUUCAGUUUGCAGGGAUACCAUGGAGCGAGAAGAUUUCAGAUCUUCGGACCAAAAUGACGGAAGAGGAUGUCAAGGCCUUCGCCGUAACCGGCCUGGACGAGAUUGCAUGGUUGUUCAACAUUCGAGGCACUGAUGUGGACUACAAUCCAUUCGUUUUGGGCUACGCGAUCGUGGAACAGAAUACAGUGAGCUUGUACAUCCGCAACAAAAACAGUAAGCUGCAGGCAGCGCCCACAGACAACUCCACCUCGGAGACUCUCCAGCGCCACUUGGGUACCUCUGCCCUGGGCUCAUGUGCCGGGAUCAGCACCCCGUGCGUUCAGGUCCGAGAGUAUGUACAGAGUGAUGUUGAAAACGCACUUCGCACAAUCGCAAACACCGGGCGUGUCUGGGUGACUUUUGAAGCGAACUACGCCAUCUACUCCUCGGUGCAAAACAACGUGCUGGUGGAUAAAUCACCGAUUGCUUUGAGCAAAUCGAUGAAAAACUCCGUAGAAAGAAUGGGAAUGCAGAAAGCGUAUAAUCGAGAUUCUGUCGUUCUCAUCAAGUUCUUGGCUUUCUUGGAGAAAGAGAUCGAAGCUGGCAGGGAAUGGACUGAAGUCUCUGCGGCCGAAGAACUGGACAAGAGAAGAUCGCAAGCUGAGUACGCCAGGGGCUUGAGCUUUGAGACCAUCUCGAGCUACGGGCCUAACGGAGCCGUCAUCCACUACCGGCCCAGCGAAACCACCAACAGGGCCAUCACCACUGACGGCCUGUACCUUCUGGACUCUGGCGGCCAGUACCUAGAUGGAACUACUGACGUUACACGAACCAUGCAUUAUGGAACCCCAACUGAUUUUGAAAAGGAGUGCUACACACGAGUUCUCAUGUCUUCGGUGAGCUUGGCAAUGCUGAGAUGGCCGGAAGGACUUUAUGGACGCCAGAUCGAUGCUUUGGCCAGGUACCAACUGUGGGAGGCCGGCCUCGUAUACAGACACGGCACAGGUCACGGCAUAGGCGCUUACCUCAGCGUUCAUGAAGGCCCUGGACGAAUUCGUUUGAAGACGACCUUAAACCCUAGCGACGAGCCCUUGUCACCAUACAACUACUUCUCGGACGAGCCUGGUUACUAUGAAGAAAACAAGUUUGGCAUCAGACUGGAGACAAUUGUGAUGGUCUCGCCACACACACCAAAGUACGACACAGCAGGUGUGGGUUUUUACGAGUUCAAGCCGAUAACUCUUGUGCCGUUUGAACCGAAACUGACAGACCUGUCUAUGCUAAAUACCAAACAACUACAAUGGCUAAACAAGUACAACACCAUGAUCAAAGACGACAUCCUUCCUUUGCUGGCUGGGGACCAAGUUGCCAUUAACUGGGUGAACAAACGCAUCCAGCCCAUAGAUCUUCCAACAAUUUGUGGGGCAGAGGCUUUAACGUUCUACCCACUUCUUGCUUUUGUCUCAACACUCCUGUCUCUUUCCUUUAUGCACUUCACAUAGAGACAGGGGCUUCGUAUCGUCUGGUCAUAGUCAUAGCCAUAGAGUCUAGUAGGGAAUGUAAUAAUAUAUAGCGUAUAGGAUAUAUGAUAAUAAUACGAUUAAUAAUGUAAUUAUAGGGCCCAUGCUUUUCAUACACACACACACACACACACACACACACACACACACACACACACACACACACACA